AUGUCUUUUGGAGAACCUACAGACCUGGGCUUGAAUGCGAAGCGUAAGGCGGUCAAGUUGACUGGCUUGCCUCUCGUUGCCCUCAGCUUCCAGACGCUUGGAAUCAUCUACUCCGAUAUUGGAACGUCUCCUCUUUAUGUCCUGAAUGGUAUCUGGCCAGCGUCAGGUCCUGUUCCCCCAACGGAAGACGUUAUUGGGGGCAUCAGUGCCAUUAUAUGGUCCCUCACCCUCCUCCCACUGUUAAAAUAUGUGUGCAUCUCUCUGUACUUCGGCACCAAAGAAGGAGAGGGAGGCUCUUUUGCAUUAUACCAAGGCUUAUAUCCUCCCAAAGAAGUUGACGUUGAUUCGGAUCGUACACUCACUGGAGAAACUCUUAAUGGAGAAGAGAGACAGAAACCCAGCACUUUUAAGGAGAAAAUUCGUUGGCCGUUGCUUCUAUGGUGUCUGUUUGGUACCGCUUUAACCAUGGCAGAUGGUAUCUUCACUCCUGCCGUGUCGGUCACUAGCGCUGUUGCCGGAAUCGGGGUUGCUAAACCAUCUGUUGUUGGUGAUAUCACCGGAAUAUCUAUUGCUUUCUUGAUUGCAUUAUUCCUCGUACAACAAUUUGGAACUGCGCGUUUGUCGUUUUUGUUCUCGCCGGUUGCUUUUCUAUGGUUCCUCCUCCUCCUCGGAACUGGUAUCUACAAUACAACGUUCUACCCAGGAAUCUUCCGUGCAUUCGACCCUUCCCGUGCGGUUUUGCUAUUCGUCAGGACAAAGGAUUAUGACCUCCUUGCUGGAAUUUUGCUGGCAGUGACAGGGUGUGAAGCCAUGUUUGCAAACCUUGGACAAUUUAACGCUGCAUCAAUACGACUAUCAUUCUGUAUCUUCGUCUAUCCCGCAUUGAUAUUUGCGUAUCUGGGUCAAGGGGCCCGCCUCAUUGUUGGUGGAGAGGCGAUUCUUCCCAACAUGUUUUACACUACCAUUCCCGGACCAAUUAAUGGUCCUCUCUACUGGAUCAUGUUUGUCUUCGCUGUGCUUGCUACGCUCAUCGCAUCUCAGGCUCUUAUUACCGCCACAUUCAGUCUUGUCCAGCAAGUUAUCAAUAGCAAGGCCUUCCCUCCUAUUAAGAUGCUCUACACUUCGGAGACUAUCCAGGGUCAGGUAUAUAUCCCUGCCAUCAACUGGAUUCUGUUGAUCGCCACUGUCGUCAUUGUCGGAGUAUUCAAAAAUCUCGCUAACCUGACCAAUGCAUAUGGCUUUGCCGUCGCCACUGUUAUGAUAUCCACAAGUUUGCUUUUGUCCAUACAAAUGUUCUAUGUCAAACACUGGCCGAUUAUUGUUGGUAUUUGCUAUUUCCUGACAUUUGGAUUCUUCGAUGCUCUUUUCUGGGGAGCGGCAUUCAAAAAGGUUCCACACGGUGCAUGGGUACCUCUGCUCAUUGGAUGUGUCCUAGAGUUGAUCAUGGUUCUCUGGGUAUGGGCUAAGUCACACGAAGACAAUUUUGAUGGAAAGAACCGCAUGAACCUUCGACACUUCAUCCACCAAACAUCGAAGAAUGGUCACAGUCUCGAUGACGACAGCGGAUCGGAGGACAUGUCGUAUUACUUUUUAGGGAAGGAAUUACCUUCGGAUGAUGCCAAAUUUGCUGAUGAGAAACACGUUGAUAUACAUGAGCUCCAGAGAGGUGAUGGCAAGAUUGACGAGAAACACAGCGAGAAGAAGGAGCUUCAGAGAAUACCCUCAUGUGCCGUUUUCCACAAGAUUGCGUCUGGCCCUGGUGUUCCUCAUACAUUUAUUGGAUUUAUUCGACAGUGGCCUGCUCUUCCCCGAGUCGUCAUUUUCCUCUCAGUCUGCGUUGUUCCAACUGCUCGGGUUCCCAAAGAAGAGAGAUAUGUUGUGACUAAAGUUCGCACCAUUGAGGGCUUUUACGGUGUCACCUACUAUAUUGGGUUCCGGGACGAUUUCGACGUGAAGAUCAACGACUUAACUGACAAGAUCUGCGACCUCGAAAGGCGUUUGAACCCUGCUGUAAGCGAUACGUUGCUUCAAGAAAUCCGCACUGUUUCGAGAACGGCUACACAUGUUGCUCCUCACUAUCAUGUUGUGUCCAAAAAGAUAAACGGAUGGGGAGCGGUAUCGCCCGUUGUCAACUACCUCAGAGCUGUUCUCAUUGAAUCGAUUUACCGUCGCCUGGCAACGAUGUUCCCGGAGACAGCUAACUGGUUAACAUCGGCCGAUGAGAUUAUUCACGUUGGAAUCAAUGCAGUUAUCUAG